ACCCCUUCCGCGCACGUCGCAGGCAAUCGCGAGCGGACACGAAGCGCUGUCAAUUACGUAUACACGUUCGACGCACAUGAUCGUAUACGCGGCGAUCAAAACAUGAUAGAGUAGCCGUGAGGAAAAAGAUGUGGGGAAACUACUGGGGCGUCUGCAAUGCGUUGCUCUGUGCGUUGGUCACCCUCGGCCACGGGCAUGAUUUCCGGCACUUCGACGACACGGUGAUAUUCAAGAUAAACUGGCCUGGGAGGAGCGACGCGGAAUUACUGGAGCCUCACCCGAACGCCGAGCCAUACUUCAUCACUACUGCGAACAACGAGCGAUACAGGUGUGUGAUCCCGGACGCGUCCGAGCAGGAGCACGAGUACAGCGAGACGUACGACGGACCGAAUCCAAUACAGCUGCUGCAGCCGAUAUUUGCUCAGAACAGUUGCUCCUAUAGGCUAGAGUCAUACUGGACUUACGAAUUGUGCCACGGUAGAUACGUACGGCAGUAUCAUGAGGACAGGGAGGGAAAGAAGAUCAAGAUGCAGGAAUAUUACCUUGGCACGCUGGACAAGGCGCAAAAGGUGAAGCUCUCAGCCUAUUACGAUGAGCAAGCGAAAAACCCGAACCGGAAGUUGAACAUACCUAUCAAGAAGAUCGACGGUAUUAACAUGCCGUACGUCGAGAUCGAUAUGACCGAUGGUACAAUGUGCGACUUAAAUAACAAGCCGAGAACUAUUAAGGUACUAUACGUCUGUUAUAAGCACGGUAAACACGAUGUGUAUUCGCUCAAGGAGACCAUGUCCUGCGAAUACGAGGCGAUCGUAUUGUCGCCAGUAUUGUGUAACCAUCCCGAUUACAAGCCACAAGAUACUGGAGAGAAUCAGAUUACAUGUCAGCCUGUGGACAAUGCUCCAAAGAAACCAAAGUCUCUCAUGGUGAUGGAGCUGGAAAGCCUGAAAAUGCGGCGUCAGCAAACAAGGGAUGGUGAGCCAAGAGUGAGGGUUGAAAUACAUCCGCUGGAUGUUCCAGAUAAGCAUAGUAUCGAUGAAUCUAUCAAUGCAAUACAGACUGAUCAAAAUGUUAGUCCUGCCGAAGUUAGUCCUGUCCACAAUUUCCUCAGUGGAAAGAACUGCCUACACGGAGGCAAUGGUUGGUGGAAGUACGAGUUUUGUUACGGGCGUUCUAUCGUUCAGUAUCACAUAGAACGAGAUGGUAAGAAAACAAUCGUCAAUCUCGGUAGAUUUGACAAACAGAAGCAUUUGGAAUGGAUCGCCGCGCAUCCACACAAGAAACCCAAACCGUUAGAAUUAAGAAAACAUCUCUCGCACUUCUACAGUGACGGAAGUAGCUGUGAUAAGACUGGAACUUCUAGACAAACCGAAGUAAAAUUGAAAUGCGUGGAGAACCAUACCGCAAGUCCAUCUAGUGUAUCAUUAUUUUUAUUAGAACCAAAAACAUGUGAAUACGUUCUGGGAGUCGAAUCACCGUUAAUCUGUGAUAUCUUAGAAUACGCCGAUGAAAAUGGACUUUUGAGCGACAAGUUCGAAGCGAAUUUUGAUAAACUAAAGUCUACGGCCUUGCACGCGGAACAGGACAAUUUAGACGAACGAAUAGCGAACGGAGAUGAUUAGAGAAAUCGAUUUAUUUUCUUGAUGUUGGUUGAAAAUGAUUAAAGUCAUUAUUAUUUAAAUAUCACAAUUAUUAAAUUUUUUAAUGAUUUAUUGAGUAUAAAAAUAAUAUUAUAUAAAACACAUAUGAGCGAGUGAAAUUAGUUGACUAGACUACACGAUUGCGUUUGGUGUUAUUGUAAAAAGACUUACAUUCCAAACAAAUAACAAUAUAAAUAUUUAAUAUCUUCCGCGCAGAAAUAUUCUCCCGUAAAAAUGCAUAUCAAAAUCGUGUUCCAUUAUAUUAGGUUUGUAUUUCGCGAUGUUCAAACAAACUUUUAAAAAAUGAUUUUCUUCAAGUUUAAUUGAGAACAUAAAAAGAACGUAAAAAAA